CUCCUCUUUGUGUUUAGCUGUUGAACAAUGGCUGGAAGUUGGUGUUUGGUUCAGAUUUCGUUGGUCUGUGCUUUCUGUCAUGCUGUUCCACAGUGGAGUAAGUCGCUUCAGGAUGCUCAAGCUCUGAUGAUGCAGCAGACUGACCAGCAGUUUCAGCUCCAGCAGACUGACCAGCAGUUUCAGCUCCAGAAGCCAGUUCAACAGCUAACUAACCAACAGUUUCCGCUUCGGAAGCCAGUUCAACAGCUAACUAAGCCGCAGUUUCCACUUCAGAAACCAGUUCAACACCUACCUAACCCGCAAUUUCCACUUCAGAAGCCUGUUCAACAGUUAACUAAGCCGCAGUAUCCGCUUCAGAAGCCUGUUCAACCGCUAACUAACCAGCAGUUGCCGCUUCGGAAGCCAGUUCAACAGCUAACUAAGCCGCAGUUUCCGCUUCAGAAGCCUGUUCAACAGCUAACUAACCAGCAGUUUCCACUUCAGAAACCAGUUCAACACCUACCUAACCCGCAAUUUCCACUUCAGAAGCCUGUUCAACAGUUAACUAAGCCGCAGUUUCCGAUUCAGAAGCCAGUUAAACAGCAGUUUCAGAAGCCAGUAGUGCAGGCAGAGCCCUUUGAUAAAUGUGUAGCUGUAGCUGAUUCUGAGCAGAUCCAAUGUGGUCUACCUGGGAUCAGUGGUGCUGAGUGUGAAGCUAUCAACUGCUGCUUUAACGGACAGCAGUGCUUGUACCUUGUUCUAGUGACCGUCCAGUGUAUUAGAGAUGGUCAGUUUGUGGUAGUGGUGUCUAGAGAUGUUACUCUGCCUCGACUGAGUCUGGAUACGGUUCAUCUACUGGGUGGAAAUGACCCACCUUGUGCUCCUGUGGGGUCUACACCUUCCUUUGCUAUAUACCAGUUCCCUGUGACCGCAUGUGGCACGAGCGUGAUGGAGGACAGCGGAUAUGUGGUGUAUGAAAACCGAAUGACCUCCUCGUAUGAAGUGGGGAUUGGACCAUAUGGUUCUAUCACAAGGGACAGUCAUUUUGAGUUUCUCUUCCAGUGUAGAUAUUCGGGAACUUCUGUGGAAGCUCUGGUUGUGGAGGUCAACUCUGUUCCUCCACCUCCACCAGUAGCUGCUCCUGGACCUCUCAGGGUGGAGCUCAGACUGGCCAAUGGCCAAUGCGUCACCAAAGGCUGUGCUGAAGGGGAUGAGGCCUACACGUCCUAUUACAGUGACGCUGAUUAUCCCAUCACAAAAGUCCUGCGAGAGCCUGUGUAUGUUGAGGUGCACAUUAUGGAGAGGACCGACCCCAACAUUGUCCUGACGCUGGGACGUUGUUGGACGACUUCAACCCCCAGUCCACUCAGUCUCCCCCAGUGGGACCUUCUGAUCGACGGAUGCCCUUACCAGGACGACCGCUAUCUGACCACACUGGUUCCAGUGACUGGAUCGUCUGGUCUUCAGUUCCCAACCCACUACAAGCGCUUUGUUGUGAAGAUGUUCACAUUUGUAGAUCCAGCCUCACUGGCUGCUCUGCAGGAAACCAUCUUCAUCCACUGCACUACAGAGGUGUGCCAUCCAUCAUCUGGCUCUUGUGAGCAAAGCUGCACCAGGAAACGAAGAGACACUCGUAUCAAGGCUGUCUCUGGGGAGCAGACUGUGGUUUCUAGUGGAGAAGUUACUCUGGUCAUGUAAAUCUAGUGUUUUUAAUAAACUUUUCAGAACCCUUA